AGCAUUUCACAUUCCCCAUUUUCUCCCUGAUAAUUUCCUCCAUAAAUGGUUCUAAAUAAUGGAAGUAAAAGCCAAGAUCCCAUAACCAACACACUCACAGAGCUUCUAAGAAUUUCAAUGGCAGAAGUGAGGAACAAGAAAGUGGUUCUGAGAGACUAUGUGGUCGGUUUUCCUAAGGAUUCCGACAUGAAAACUGUUGAAGGAAGCAUCAGAUUGAAGGUUCCAGAAGGUUCCAAUGAUGUUCUUCUCAAAAAUCUGUACCUCUCUUGUGACCCUUACAUGAGAAUCCUGAUGAACAAGGUUGAAAGCAUAGAUAUGCAUCAUCACUACACUCCUUCUUCUCCAUUGAUAGGAUAUGGUGUGUCUAAAGUGAUGGAAUCUGGACAUUCAGAUUAUAAGAAAGGUGAUUUGGUUUGGGGAAUUACCAAAUGGGAAGAGUAUAGCUUUAUCUCCCCAUCUCAAAUAUCUUUCAAAAUUCUCCACACUCAUGUCCCACUUUCCUACUACACUGGAAUUCUUGGUAUGCCAGGAAUGACUGCUUAUGUUGGUUUCUUUAAAUUAUGUUCUCCCAGAAAAGGAGAAAAUGUUUAUGUUUCAGCUGCAUCUGGUGCUGUUGGUCAACUUGUUGGCCAAUUUGCCAAGUUGAGUGGUUGUUAUGUUGUUGGAAGUGCUGGAAGCAGAGAUAAGGUGGAUCUGCUGAAGAACAAAUUAGGAUUUGAUGAGGCUUUUAACUACAAAGAAGAGUCUGACCUCAAUGCAACUUUGAAAAGAUACUUUCCAGAAGGCAUUGAUAUUUACUUUGAGAAUGUUGGGGGAAAGACACUUGAUGCAGUACUCCCAAAUAUGAGACUCCAUGGUCGGAUACCUGUUUGUGGAAUGGUUUCACAGUACAAUCUUUCUCAACCAGAAGGUGUAACAAAUUUGGCACAUCUCAUAUUUAAGAGGAUUAAAAUGGAAGGUUUUCUUGUAACUGAUUUCUACCAUUUAUAUCCCAAAUUCUUGGAGUUUGUGCUGCCUCUGAUUAAAGAAGGGAAGGUUGUGUAUGUGGAAGACAUUGUUGAGGGUCUUGAGAAUGCCCCUGCAGCCUUGGUUGGCCUCUACACUGGUCGGAAUGUUGGUAAACAAGUGGUUGUUGUUGCUGAUGAGUAAAAUUAUGUAAAUAGAAACACUUACCAUUUAAGGUUUCCUUCUGAAUUUUCAAUUUUCUGUAGUACAUUGAACCUAGUGUUAUGUUGUAUUUUGUGAUUAAUAAAACCUUUAGUUUAUGAAUCUUUGUUACUUCGAAACUGUUGUUGUAGGUUUU